UGCUUAUCAUCGUUUCAUCGAUCAGCGGCUCUGCUGCUACUUACAUUAUCGCCAAUUUGCUUUGGAAAUGCAGAAUAUGUCUUAUUCAUUAACUAUGUAUUUCCUUCUCUCGACAGAUGCUGGAGGAGCUGGCUAACGCGACAACUGCGUGAGAUGCACAACAGGCUACAGCAGCUGCAAGGAAUUCCAAAGUCAAGAUAUACAGAACGUGGAUAGUGCGUAUUGGUUGCCGUCGUGUAUGUUUGCUCUCGCUUCAGACAACUUCAAUGGGGGUAAUUCGGUCAGAAUCACUGUCCAACAUAUACCUGUGGAAUCCUUAUUGAUGUGCCACACAUACGUGUCAAGAUGUAUAAAAUAUUAACUUCUGACAACUGGACUGUGCUGGAAGCUUCUUCCUUCAAAGUACGGCCACAUCUUCACGUCCUCUUACAAUGAGUUUCCAUUCCUCCGGUGUUGUACUCAAGGGCAAGAAACAUACAGAGGUCUCGUUGUCGACCAAGGAUAUCGACACUGGUGCUCAGCUCGUUGCUGGCUUAACUUUAGCUCUCGAUCCCGAUGAGGCGUUGAGAAUAAGGAGGAAGAUCGAUAGACAUAUCAUGCCUCUGAUGUGUGUUCUUUACUGGAUCCAAUUCAUGGACAAGACAACUUUGAAUUAUACGUCCAUCCUUGGGAUUCAACAAUCCACGAAUCUGACCACAAAUGAGUACAAUUGGCUUAGCACGGUGUUCUAUCUCGGUUAUCUUGUCUUCGAGUAUCCCCAGAACCUUGCUCUUCAGAGAUUCCCGGUCGGGAAGUGGAUGAGUAUCAAUAUCUUCGUCUGGGCAGUUGUACUUGCAUGUCAUGCAGCAUGCAAAAACUUUACUGGGCUUGUUGUUGUGCGCUUGUUGUUAGGCGUAUGCGAGGGGUCGAUCACGGCUGGAUUCUUGAUCGUUAGUUCCAUGUUCUACACGCGGGCGGAACAGACACUGCGGGUUGGUUAUUGGUUCCUGAUGAACGGGACUGCACAAAUUAUCUCUGGUUUCGUCAGCUUUGGUGUUUUGCACAUCAACACCAAAGGGUUUGAACCAUGGCAAUGGCUCAUGAUCAUAACCGGUAUAAUGACGUUAAUCCUUGCCGUCGUAUUCUGGUUCUGGUUUCCCGAUUCACCUACGAACGCCUGGUUCCUCACUACUGAUGAGCGGGCUAAAGCCGUGCAGCGCAUCAAGGAGAACCAAACGGGUGUAGAAAACAAACACUUCAAGACGGAGCAGAUGAUCGAAACCCUGACUGACCCCAAGACUUGGCUCUUCGCCCUCUUCUCGGCUCUAUACAAUGUGCCUAACUCAUUGACAAACCAGAUGUCGCUCAUCCUCGCUUCUUUCGGAUUCACCUAUCUACAGACGACUCUCUUGUCCUGUAUUCCUGGUGUGAUUGAAGUCUUGACCAUCUUCUCUGGCGUCCAGCUUGCUAUACGACGGCCCAAUUCCAGAGCAUAUGUUGGCGUUAUAUGCUUCAUCCCGACGUGGUUGGGCGUCCUGUUGGUCAGCCUACUUCCUUGGUCGGAUCAGGUCGGACUUCUUGUCAGCCUAUUCCUGCUUAUUGCCAGUACACCUGGAUUUGUACUGGCGUUGUCGUGGCUUAAUAUCGUGACUGCUGGCCAUACGAAGAGGGUUGUUACCAACGCCAUCAUGCUCUCGGCUUACUGCAUUGGCAACGCAGUUGGUCCUUUCAUGUGGAAGGCACAAUACAAGCCGCGUUACCACGUCCCAUGGGCUGUUAUCGGCGCAUGCUACGUCAUCUGUCCGAUACUUCUCCUUGUCAUCCGUGCCGUUCUCGCCCGAGAGAACCGAAUCCGCGACGCGGAGCCUGUUGACGAUAGUGAAGAAGAAUACGUUAUCGAGCGACUCACAGAGGACGGGAAGCGUGUAGAAGUCAAGGUCGACAAGGAAUUUUUGGAUUUGACGGAUAGGCAGAACAGGAAUUUUAGAUAUAUUUUGUGACAUUAAGCAUGCUCCGAUUGUAUUGCCAAAUGGUAGUCCUCGUGUUCAUUGAUAACACGACCUUGGUGGUAUCAUGACCAUUGCACUGACUUCUCCACUUGCACGACUGGUAUUCCAAUUCAGGCAGUUAUCUCUAGAACAAAAAUACUCGAGCUCGACCACAGAAAUUAUAGUAUGUACAACGGCCUCAUAGACAAUGCAGAGCUUGUGGUUGUAGACCGCAUAAACAAUCUAGCAG